UGGCCUUUUGAUUUCUUUCUACUGUUAGAUCUACUAGUUUACGAGUACUUUUUAUGUAAUCGAUCUGGUUGAUAAGUAUGAGAAGCCCUUCUGAUCAGUGAUCACAUCCCAAAAUAAUCAUUGUUGAACUAGGUUUGGACUGAUUUUGUUCUUAAUGAGUAAGAUUGCUGCCAUACAUAAUCUUAUAUUCACUUGGUUCACAGUAUGAUAUUCAUUUAUUGGGACGUCAAUUGCUACACUUCUGGAUCUAUGCACUAAAUGCUUACUCAUGGUACUUUUGUUGAAGUUCUCUCUCCUCUUUCGUCAUGCAGGAAAAUGUUGGUUCCUCUACCUGCUCCAAUAGGCAUAGUGUGGCUGGGAAAAUUAUAUCUAAUGCUGGCUUCAUUCUGUUUUGUUUCUAUGGGAAAUGGGGUGGACUUAACUGAUGGCCUUGAUGGGCUGGCUGGAGGAUCUGCUGCAUUGGCUUUUAUAGGAAUGUCAAUCGCAGUACUUCCAAUAUGUUCAGACCUUGCAAUAUUUGGAGCGUCAAUGGCAGGAGCUUGUGUUGGUUUUCUUUUGCACAACAGAUACAAGGCAUCAGUGUUCAUGGGUAAUACUGGGUCCUUGGCACUUGGUGGAGGGUUAGCUGCAAUGGCUUGUUGCACAGGGAUGUUCUUCCCAUUGUUCAUUUCAUCCGGCGUCUUUGUCUUGGAAGCCUCAUCAGUUAUUUUGCAGGUAAUGUACUUUAAGACAACCAAGCACUUGCAAGGUGCGGGUCGCCGGCUCUUCCGAAUGGCACCAUUUCAUCAUCACCUUGAACUAUGUGGACUUAAAGAACCGGUCAUUGUUGGUGGUGCCUAUAUUAUAUCGUCCACAUUGUCGUUAGCUGCUGCCUAUAUCGGUCUGAUAUCUGCUUAGCAUCAGGAUGACUUUGGUUAUUACCAUUCUUUGUAGUUAGGCUCACUAAAAUUAUUAGUUAUCGUGUUCUUCUCCACUUUCUGUAAGGUCGGUUAUUUAUACUUACAAAACAUUGCUGAGAAAAAUAGAGUAUACACGUUGAAAGUGAAACCCUGUAGUCCUGUACUUCCAUAUCUGAUAUAACACGGAACACAUUACCUUUG